AUGGAGACAUGGCUGAAAUCAAAGGCGGAUCAGCUGGCGCAGGCUGCUCAAGACCACGUGUCCGCCGUGCAGCAGUCUGCAUCCAAGCUGGUGGCCUUCGACGCGGCGAGAGCGUCGGAGGAUCUCAAGGACUUGGAGUUCCGGGAUGGCCCGUUGGGCUUCACUUUGGAGGGCAGCCUCGUGGUCGCGGUUCAGCCGAGCACGCAGGCUGAGCGUCUUGGAGUGGAGAUCGGCGACCGCCUGGUCAAGAUUGAUGGCUACGAGGUUCCUCGAUACGAGACAGACUUUGAAGAACAGCGUGCUCGGAAAGUGAUAGCAAAAUGGCUGAAGGAGAUGCCUCGACCAGCCAUCCUCACCUUCGAGCUGCCAGAGCAAGAUGACGAGGAGACAAACGGCCCAUGUGGUGCAGAUCUGCCAGAGCGUUCUGAAGAGGUGCCCAAAGCUGGCGCCGUGCAGGUUCUGCAGGCAGAGCUUCAGCGCAUACAGGAGGAGCGGAAAAAACUUGCAGCUGAGCUCAAGGACAGCCAGGAGACCUGUGGCCAAUUAGUCGCACAAGUGGAGUCCUUGAAGAAGGAGUCAGCUCCAAACCUCCGUCGGCUUUCUGAGAUGGAGGAGCAGGUGCAGACACUACGGACACAGAACAAGGAGCUGGUGAGCGCUGUCAAUGCCAGUUCGGCAAGCCGAACUGAUGAAGAGAUGCUGAAGCUGCGCCAGGCGCUGGCAGCCACGCAAGAAGCGAGCCAAGCUGCUGUGCAGGCAGCGCAAGCCGAAACAGCAGCUGCAGAGCAGAAGUGCCAGCAGCAAGCGCAGGAGGUGAAGUCAUUGAUGCUGCAGCUGGCAGAUGUCACAGCAUGCGCCGAAAGCCGUAAGCUGCAGAUUGAGCCUUUGGAGAAGGAGCUCCAAGGUUUCCGGGCCGCCCAUGAGGCUGAGCUGGACCUCUACCGGGAGGAGCAAGAGAGGCGAAAUGGCCAGCACCGGCAUGAGCUUGAGGAGCUCCAACACCGGCUGGAAGAGCAGGAGCUGAAGGCCGAGAAAGAUCGGCAAGAAGCACAAACCGAGCUGCAGAGGUCCAAAGAGGCCCUGCUGGAAGCCAAAGUUAAUGCCGAAGCUGCUGCUGUGGAAGCAGCGGCUGCGAGGCAUGAAGCUGAAGCGCUCCGUUCCGUGCAUCGCCCGGAGCCUGACAGUCUGAAUCCCGAGCCCGACGGCAUCGAGGUCGGCGCGACGCCGGAGAUGCCGGCUCCCGCGAUUGGGGAUCUCUGGGAUGGGUCUCAGGUGCUGGAGAUGCAGAAGAGGAUCAACCUCUUGGAGAGCAGGUGCGCCACGUUGCAGAGGCGGCUGCGCUCACAAGAUGCCUUGACUGGCGUCAACAUGAGACCGAGCUGGGAGCUGCGGUUAGCUGCUUUGACAGGUACGCAAUUCCAUAGGCGUGUGCCAUGA